AUGAGAAGUGCCAUGGAAUCAAGUUCCAUUAGUACUAUGAUGUUCAUGCUUCUACUAGUUCUAAUUGUAGUGCAAGCCAGAAAUCUACCAAGCACAACUCCUCCUUCAGCCCCUUCCAAUAUUCCAUUUGAUCAUUUGACUCUUCCCAUCAAGAUUGGAUGGGAUCUAACUCCAAAUUACACUCUCUCUCCUCCAAAUACAAUUGAUGAACCAUCAUCACCUGAAGCGCCGCCGCCAAGCGAUACGGUGGGUGGUGUUGUUAAUAAAAUUACUCUAUGUCCUGCAUGGUGUGAUUUUGAUUGCCACCGCGUAAGUGGGGCUAACUAUCACCCUAACCGUGGUGUUGGCGGGGGUCAUGGCCGGGGGCAUGAAGGGCAUGAAGGUAAAUACCGUGGUGGUCGUAGCCGUCUCCGUCCCAGUUAUACAGUGUGUUACACUCAAUGCGUGCAGCAAAGUUGCAACAUGGUGGGAGGAAUACCAACCAACCUCUAUGAUUGCGCUCUCGGAUGUACAGAAGCAGCUGAUUCCAUUACUGCCACAAACAACUUCCCCAAAAAUCAAGUCCUCAACUACGUUGGAUGCUACAACAAGUGCCUUCACAACAAUUCUAAUUAG